UUGGUCCUUUGCAUUUCCAUAUAAAUUUGGAAGCAGUUUGACAAUCCCUUCCCCCCAAAACAACCAAAAACCUUCUGGAAUGUGGGAUAGCAUUGAUCUAAAUAUUAGUUUAGGGAAAACUGAUGACAACAUUGAGUCUUCUAACCAUGAACACAGUAUGUCCCUCCAAUAUCUAGAUGAUUUUCUGAGCAUUCUAUGUCAUGUACCAUCAGUACUUUACAUAAAUUAGCCAAUGUAAUCUUCACAAUAACACUGAGAAUCAGGUUCUAGUAUGACUUCCAUUUCACAGAUGGAGUAGCUAAAGCUUAGCAAGAUCAAGUAGCUACCAGUCAAAGGCCACAGUUAAUAAAAGGUGAGAAUCCAGGCACUUGGCCUGCACCAUCUGUAGUCUUUAUCACUAUGUGACACUACAUCCCUAAGUUGACAGCUGAGGGAGGGAAGAAUUGAGGGAGGGAGGGAUGGGUGGGUAGAUGAAGAGAGUUACUCAGGGGAAGGCAGACUUAGAGAAAAAGUUACCCAAGUUUUCUUACAUGUGUUCUCUCUCUUCUGCUCAGCAUCUCUUUUCCUGCAUACAUAAUUAUUUGCCCAAAUAGUAAUUGUCCUUCUCCCAUUUCAGCAUUUACACAGCUCUGUAAAGAGCUGCCUGCCAGCUGCCCUUCCCCAGAUCCUGAAUGCACUCUGGGCCAGAUGGAGCAGAGAGCAGACUCUCUACUGGUCAUGCUGAGCUCAUAUUCUGAUGGCUGUUCCAUGAGGUCAAUACUGGGUCCCCACCCUUCUCCCGCCUUACCAAUGCCUGGUCUCAUGGGGUUAGUUGUGAGUCCAAAACUAUGGCAUCAUCCACCUCCUUCCCAGCUCCUGGUUCCCGGUCUAAGAAGCCUCUGGGCAAGAUGGCUGACUGGCUCAGGCAGGCCCUGUCGAAGAAGCCCAAGGAGAAGCCUGUUUCCCAGGAAAGCACCCCCAGUGACGCGCCGCAGCCGAGUUCGCCGGAAGUCCACUCACCCCCGAGCCUCAGCUCGGCCACGUCGGCGGUGUCUCCUGAGCUGCCCCCCUCCUAUGAGGGCGCCACCAGCAAUAACAGCAGCGGCCGCUGGAGGAGGGAUUACGAUGUGUGCGUGUGCCACAGCGAGGAGGACCUGGCGGCUGCGCAGGAGCUGGUCGCCUACCUAGAGGGCAGCUCUGCGGGCCUGCGCUGCUUCCUGCAGCUUCGCGAUGCGGCCCCAGGCGGCGCCAUCGUGUCCGAGCUGUGCAGGGCACUAGACAGUAGCCACUGCCGCGUGCUGCUUAUCACGCCCGGCUUCUUGAGUGACCCGUGGUGCAGGUAUCAGAUGCUGCAGGCCCUGAGCCAGGCCCCGGGUGCAGAGGGCUGCACCAUCCCUUUGCUCUCAGGCCUGGCCAGGGCCGCCUACCCCGCAGAGCUCCGCUUCAUGUACUUCGUGGACGGCCGGGGCCCGGACCACGGCUUCCGCCAAGUCAAGGAUGCCGUCCUGCGCUGCAAUUACUUAACCCCUCUGUGCCUGGGUUUCCACACUGGGAAGUUGAGACUGAUACCAUAUCCCUCGAUCUGCAGAACCUCGGCUGAUCACCAUAGGACCCAGAAAAUUGGCAGAAAUCUGGAAAUCCAGUUAGAGAGCCCAGGCCUUGGAUCCAGCAGGUGUAACGAGGCCUAAGGAACCAGAGUUGGCAGCACUUUGUAUAUGUUCCUGGGAUCAGAUUGCCCAGCGGGCUUCCCUUACUGUGGGCUCCCUAGGAAGGCCCUGGGAAAGCUGGGGACUCCCCCAAGAAGACCCUGGAGAAGCUGGGGACUCCCCCAGGAAGGACAUGGGGAAGCCAGAAACUGGAAGUAGUAGGAGGAGGUGCUGAUACCAAGAUGACUACCAAUGUUUUGCCUCUUGCCUAAUUGGACAUGAGUCUGACACAUCCCCAUGCCGUCUUCCCCUGGGAUCAGGCACUGGUGUAGAGAUGCACGCCUCCUGAAAAGGUGACUCACCUAAUGAAUGAGCUAGAAGCCUAGAGUGAAUAAGCAUGCCUCAGAGUGAAUGGUUUUUCCAUUUGCCUGGGGAAGCCCUGGAACAGAUGUCAGGAGAAAGCCACAGGUACCAAGUUCUUCACAUUCACACUGCUGCCAUUCUUUCUCAGUGACAUCAUUCACUUCAGAAAGCUAUAUGAAAGAUGCACUGAGCACUGUACUGUAUUUAUUUUUACUGCAUGUGUGCCACUAAAGACCAAACCUAGAAAGCAUUCUGAAUAGACAGGAGAGGGCAGGGAGCAGGUGGGGUGAAGAAAAGGAAAGCUCUGACCUUUUACCUGGGAUCAAAAGCCCAGGUAAAUGCUUUGACAUACGGAGGCCUCAUCAGAGGUCUGGCUAGAACUCAUGCUUUACCUUUGCAUUGAGGGGAAUCAGCAUUUUCCUUUUGGCAGGUGCCUAUGUAUCUUGUAGGACAGGCAAGAUUUCAUUCAUCUGUGCUCAGUCAGUUUGUUGUUAAACCGAAAUAAUUUCUUGUUCCUCCAAUACGUGUACUUUUGUGCCUCUUCUCCCACUUCUACCAUGUCCCUUCCUUUUACUGAAAAAAAUUAAUACAUAGGUAAAUUUAAAUUGAGAUACAUUUAAAUUUAAAUUGGUAUAUAACAUUGUAUAUUUCAGGUACACGUCAAUAUUUUUAUAUAUUGUGAAAAAAUUUUAUAUUUUCAACUAUGAAUUAUUUUAUUACAUACAAAAGGACUAAAGCACACUAUAAUGUACGCUCAUGUACCUAUCACCCAGCAAAGAAGCAAAACCUUAUAAUCCCAAAGGUGCUCCCUUUGUGCCCUUAAUUAUUCUCCUCCCUCAUCUCACUGGAAGUAACUACUGAAUUUUGAAAUCAUUCUUAGGUUUUUGUCUUAAAAUUUAUUGCAUAUGUAUGCAUCCCUGUCAAUAUAUUUACUUUCACAUGGUUUUAUACUUUACAUAAAUUCUUCUUUUUGGUUUGCCAUAUAAGAUUUACCCAUGUUGAGGCAUGUAACUCCAGUAAAUUCACUUUCGUUGCACUAUGUAAACAUGCCAUUAUUUACAAAUGAACAUUUGGUAGUUUCUAGUUUUUUUUUUUUGCUAUAAAAAUAAGCCUCUGAACAUUUUUGUACGUAUUUCCAUGAGUAAGAUUUUCUAAGAUUUAGCCUAGAUGGGGAACAACUGGGUAAUAAAGAAUACACAUCUUCAGUUAUGGUAGAAGAUAUCAAAUUUUCUUCCAAAUUGGUUGUGCCAAUUUAUGUUCCUACCAUUUGUGUACGAGUUCCCACUUUUUUAUAUUAACACUUAGAAUAUCAGAUUUUAAAGUGUUUGCUAAUCAGGUGCCUGAAAACUGGUAUCUUAUUAUCAAAAUAUUAUUUUUCUUACCUUUUUAAUACAAAUUUGAUGAAUCAUAUACUCAACACCCAGCUUCAACAAUUUUCAACUCCGAGCUAA